AUGCUGCGCGCUCGCGUCGCGCUCAGGUCGAGCGCGCUCGCACCGCGCGCGGUGAACCGUCGGCAAGCGCGCGGACCUCGCGCCGUGCACGCGUCGAACGCGGAGGCGAACGCGAAGGAUGCGCAGCGAUGGAUCGACGCGUGGACGUCGAGCUCUGGUGCGACGAGCGCUCAAGGCGCGUCUUCGUCGUCCGCGGACGAGAACGCGGCGAACGCGCAGCGGUGGAUCGAUGCUUGGCGGUCUGCGAAGGGCUCGGGCGCGCAGACCGGGGGUGCGGCGAGCUCUAUGAGCGCCCUGGACGCGGUGCUCCCGAAAGAGACGGAAGCGCGAGAGGCGCCGAAGCCGAAGACGCCGACGGAGCGUAAGCCCGGGGGAAUAUCGCCAGAAAUGCGGAAGAAAUUGAUGAACGAGAGCGUUGGGCUCGGUGGGUUACCGGAUAAGCCGAUGGAAUCGAACAUUUUCGCAAACGUCAUCUUGGGAGUGUUGGCGAUCGUCAUCGUUGCGUACGUCGGCGGAAUUCGCCCAUAG